CCAUUGCGUCAGAGUCAACCAAUCAGGUUUGAUCUAGUGAGAGGGCGGGCUCUUCAGCAUGUAGUAGCGUAGCUCUCAACCGACACAAGGCUAAAGCCAGCCAUAGGCAUGUCUCCAGAGGAUGGACUCCACAGUUCCCCCCUCGGGUUCAGCUCCAUCGGGGAGGACGUCCCUCUGAGCUGUGGGGAUCAUCUAGAGAGCUUUCAUGAGCUCGGGAGAGGGAGCAAAGCACGCAGCAGUCUCUACACAAAAAACCCAGAGGCAGACAUCAACUGUCAUGGAGGCGUUGCCGAUGGAAAAAACCCUUUCCUGAAAACACUAAUUGAUGCAGAGGCGGCUGCGAACUCCGCUGCCAUACAACUAGUGUCUUUUAAGGAUGCCAUGGAAGACACAUUUGCUGAUUCAAGACAGUCGGCCAUUGAUAAGCGCAGAAUUGCAAGGCAGAGAGGACUUCUGCUGGAGAAGUUGGAGGAUUUUAAGCGUAUAAAUAAGUCAGUUCGACAGAAACUGAAGCAGGUCCAAGAUGCAGAGUCUGAUCGAAUUGAAUCCAACCACCAAACAGAAAUCCUGUUGAAGAGGAUCUCACAGGCUGAGAGUGACAAUGAGCAAUUAAAAAGAGACUUGAGUGAGAAAGAUCAAAAAAUCAAAGAGCUGUUGGAUCUGCAGAGAGAAGAGCAGGAGAACAUGAAGAGUGCACUUCAAAUGACCAAGUCUGUGGAGGCGACUCGUGCUCACCUGCAGAGCCAGCUGCGCAUCAAAGAAGCCCAAAACAACCGGCUGAAUGUGCAGCUACGGGCUGUGGAGAAAACCCUGACCGGGCAAAAGAUGGAGAUCGAUGACCUAAAAGGAUCCGUUGCCUCUUUGACGGAGAAGGCGGCGCAGGACAAAGAAUCUUUGAAAAAAGCCACUCGGGCUCAGAAACUGAGAGCUCAGAGAUUUGAAGCCGCUAUUGAGAAAUGCUAUGUGCAGCUGAAGGAAAAGGAUGCUCAGCUGACCGAGGCCCGUUUAGAAAGAGACUCCCGGAGACAACGGAAAGAGCAAGAGAGAGAAGAGAAAGAGAAACUUGUGGUUCACAUAGAGCUGUUGAACAGUCAAAUGGCCGACUUGGCGGAGAGGCUGCGGAAGGAGAAGGACGAGCUCAGUGCAGCUCAUGAACUUGUGACGCAACGUGUUGAAAAGCUCAUCGCCGAAAAUGGAGAUCUCAACGUCAAUAAUGCGACACUCAAGGCCUCCGUUGCUCAGCUGGAGCAGCAACUGGCAGAUUGUGAGUCUGCGCUGUCGGAAGUGAAGGUUGUGUCCGAGGAGAGGAAACAUCAAGUGGGACAGGAACAGCUCCAGGCUGCAGAGCUUCAAGCCGAGUUAAAUAACCUGAAGAUGAAAUAUGCAAAUGUCCUCAACGAGACGGAGGAGACGCGAGAUGGAAAAGGCACAAAAGUUGCGAAGGCGAGGCAGGAGCUGCAGGGGCGCCUGGACCAGCUGGAGUCUUUCCCCGAGUUACUGAGCGCGGCCGAGCAGAGUCUCCUCGAGUGCCGGGACAACCUGCGACGCUCGGAGAGGAAGUGCUCAGAAAAGUCCGUUAGGCAAAUGCAGGAUAAGAUGGAGACGGAGACCAACACGCUGAGAUCAUCUGUGGAGAUGAGAGAGUCCAUUCGUGACGCCAAUUUACAGCUGAACGAGAAAGAGGCGUCUCUGCAAAAGAAGGUGGACGCGCUGCAGCAGGAGAACCUGGAGCUGGUUCGGAGGCUCGCCUCUCAGGAGGAAAGUCUGAGCUACAGUAACCUGCAGCUGGAUCAGCGUUCGUCGGAGGGCCAGGCCCUCAGCAGGCAGCUGGAGGCCGCUUUAGCCGACGUCAAGCAGCAGAUCAAGAAGGUCAAAGACCAGGCCACCUCCAGAGAAGAGGCCCUGCAGACCAAAAUCCUGAAGCUGGAAGCUGAGAAGAGCAGAAGGGAUGACGAGCUGCGGCUUCUUUGCAGGAGCAAGCUCACCGCACAGAAACAGUUUGAGGUGCGUCUGAAGGAUCUGCAGCUCAGCCUGGACCAAUCAGAGAGCCACAAGCAAAGCAUCCAGAACUACGUUGAUUUCCUCAAAAACUCCUAUAAGACCAUGUUUGAUGAAGGACUGCAAACAGCAGGUUUCGGAUCAUCGUAUUUUCUAAAAUAACUAAGGAUCUGUUUGCAAUUCAACAUUUGUAUUUAUUUAUUUUGUGUAUGAAAUAUUUAUGAAGUGUAUUUGAGAAUGAGAUUGGAGGUAAGCAUUUUUAUAUCUACUUCUAAAGAACAAUUUCGAGCCCUUUGCCCCAGAUGUCAGUCAAAUUCUACUGUUCAUGAAAGAUAUUUCCUGAUGUUCUCAUGUGGGUGCUACUCUUGUCAUGUGAACUAUUGGUGCUGCUUUGUCUACAUUAAGACUCAUCAAGCUUCAGCUUUAUCUCAGGCUGUGGAAUAAAAAAAAAGUCUGGGACCAGCUACACACGUUUGAGAAUCUCUCAAUAUAAAUCCAAUACUUUUGGAGCUUUAGAUUGUUUGUUGUGCAAAACAAGCUGGUCACAUUAAGCCCUGAUUAACUGUAACCAGUGUUUUGUCUCUUUUUUUCUGAUCAUCUCUUAGACUAAAAUUAAUAAACGGUCAAAAUUAUUUUGUAAACUUAUCUUUUCUCUCAAGUUACUAGAUUUUCCCUGAUGUAUCAGUCUUGUCAACAUUGAACGAGUGUAAGACUAAGAUCUUUCUGCAACUGGGUCCAGAUCAGACUGGUUCUUUGUGUGCACAUUUUAAAGCUGUACUUUCCCCUUAAUAUCGCAGCAAUGUUUACCAAAGUGGUGCUUAAAAAACAAAUGUUAUGCGGGUGCAUAUGUGCCCCGCCAGCAGUCUACCUGCGGUAUAAUAAACCAUUGUUUCCAAGGUGAACUGUGCUCUCACUUUGUUCCCAUUCAAAUCAUCACAAUUCCUCUCCCGUGUUAAUGUUCUGACUCGCAGCUGGACUGGAAUGAAUGAUGCAAAACAAUCCAUUAGUUGUGGAGCUCACGCUCCGGGCUGCAAACAUAACCAGAGCGUUUGCAAACGGCUUUAAACUCUAAACUUGUGCUGCUUUGCUCUCAUGCGUUUGUAAUGGUUGUGUAUAUGAACCUCUCUGCUCCUCAUACUGUAUCUUUGAUAAUAAACCUGUGGGGUUUUUU